UUCUUUGCGGCGGCACGGCCGCGCCCGCACCCGCGUACAUACGCCAGGUCCGUUUCCUCUCCGCUUCGCCACAGCCCACAGGCCGCCGCCAGCCCACCACGCCUCCGCCUCCGCCUCCGCCCCCUCCCGUUCCCACUUCCCAGCUCCUCCGCUCCGCUCUGCUCCCUCUGAGUCUCGUCCUGGAUACGCCAUCGGCGACCUUGAACAAGGCCGGUGCGCAGGCCGUCAAACGACCGAGCGCCCCUCCUCCGACCAACGUCUGACGCUCAACCGGCUGAUCAAAACCAUAGCAACGCUUUGGUGCGCUUAAGAUGUCCAUCCUCCGAUCCUUUCUCCCAAUAGUAGCAAGAUCAAAUGGUUGGAGAUGCUUUUCUACUGGGGUUCCUUCUGAUAUGAUAGCAGAGCUUAAUAAGGAAAUGGAGUCAGUAUUUGGUGAAUCUCCGUCAUCCAGUCCUUUGGGCUCAAGUCCAUCCCAGCAACCAGCUCAACCCAGUUAUGGAGCUGAGGAUUCACAUCUAGUGCUUACCCAUACUGAUAGUAGCGGACAGGCAAAGAUGGUUGAUGUCUCUCCAAAAGAAGACAGUAAGAGAGUCGCUAUAGCUAGCUGCAGGGUCUUGCUAGGCCAAAAGGUGUACAAUUUGGUGGCAUCUAAUGAGAUUGCAAAAGGAGAUGUUCUUACUGUUGCAAAGAUUGCUGGAAUAACUGGUGCAAAGCAAACCAGUAAUCUUAUACCCUUGUGCCACAACAUUAAUCUUUCACAUGUUCGUGUUGAUCUCACUCUCAAUGAAGAGGAUUCUAGUGUCAUGAUAGAAGGGGAAGCCGCUACCAGUGGAAAGACAGGGGUUGAGAUGGAAGCAUUGACUGCUGUAACCAUUGCUGGCCUCACAGUCUAUGACAUGUGCAAAGCUGCUUCAAAGGACAUUUGUAUAACAGAUGUCUGUCUCCAACACAAGUCCGGGGGGAAGAGUGGAAGCUGGUCCAGGAAUUAAAAGCUUCAAUUAUUGCUCUGAGCAUAUGAACUGCAUGCAUGAUUUCGGCAUCAAAUGGAUUUGUAGUCCUUACACCAAAAGGUUUUUAUUCUGCUUUGAGUGUAGGCUCCUUGAAUCUUUUUGAGACAUCAUUUGAGUCUCUGUACUCCUGUGUUGUAGAUACGCUGUUCAAUGACUUUAUAAUAGAUGGCCAUAUCAAUUUAUUUUCAGAUUUAUUGUUGGUUUC